CCAAAGGACAUUGAGAGUAUUCGCACAUGUUUGCUGCGCAGAAGCCAUUUGAAUAAAGAUGAUGCUAUUAGUUCAGCCCAAUUAUUAACUGGUCAAUGCAAGGACAAUGUUGUUUUCUUUCAGCCUUUUACCCAAGAGAAUGAUCUUAUAAUUAUCCUUCAGACACCCAACAUGAGAGAUAAUCUGAACCGACAUGGAAAGAACAUUAUAUUUUUGGAUGCCACUCAUUGCGUCAACCAGUAUAAUUUUCCACUUUAUACACUGGCUAUAAGAGAUGACUAUGGCCAUGGAGUUCCUGUUGCCUUUAUAGUAACAAGCAAUGAAAAAGAGUCAACACUGGGAUUGGCUUUACAGCAAUUUAGGAGAGUGUGUCCUGCACCAAGGUGCUUCAUGGUGGACAAGGACAUGUGUGAGAUAAAUGCUUUGCGGAGAGUCUUUCCAGAGUCAGAUAUCCUUCUGUGCUGGUAUCAUGUUAUGCAAGCUGUUGUCCGUUGGCUUUCAAAAACAGACUCUGGAGUUAGUGGAUUAUCAAAUACUGAUGUCAGGACAGAAAUUGUUUCUUUCAUCAGAAAGAUGAAGCUUUGUACAACAGAACUUGACUUUAAGUCAACAGCUGAACAAUUCCUCAAGAGGUUUGAAGAUAUCCCAGCUCUUUGCUCAUACUUCAAGGAUCACUGGCUGGAAAUAGGAAACAUGUGGUCUGACUUUGGUCGAUGCUACAACCAUGCGGAUUCUGAUACAAACAAUCUUGUUGAAAGUAGAUUUUUCCAUCGCCUUAAAUAUCAGUUUUUGGGUGGCAUUAGGAACCGUAGGCUGGAUGAUCUUAUAAAAAUUAUCCUCAAGAAGACAGAUGGAUACUUCCAGGCCAUUCAAGAUUUGCAGGCAGUUGGAAGAAUGAACAAUGUUUCUUUGAAGUCAGGACAAAUACUUCACUCAGCAUCACGAUUGAUAGAGAAAGGUUGGCAGAAUAACAUUAAUCUUGUAUCCAACGACAUGUACCUUUAUGAAGUAACAUCAGAACAAACCACUGGUCUUACCUACAAAGUUUGUCCAUCUGAAAGUUUUUGUAGCUGCCCAAUGGGAAUCAGAGGACAUCAAUGUAAACACCUUGUACUUACUGAUUUGCUGCGUGAACAUGAUUCUCAGAAGUUCCCUGCUUUGGAUUUUCAAAUGAAUGCACAUGCUAGUGUAAUUAAGCAAAAUAAACUUUACUCAGUUCUGUGCUUUGACACUAAAGAGGUGGAUGUAAAAAGUUUAUGCAACGAGAGAAUUUACCACACUUCAGCAACAACACUUCAGUGUACCUGUUGUACAUACUCGCAUCAUGAGAAAUGUGCUUGCCUUCUCCUGGCAUGUGAAUUAUUUGAUAUCACGUUAAAAACAGCUGCUACUAUAGAUCAGGACACAUCACAGCAAGUCAACAUGGACACUGCUGCAAACCCCUCAAAACAGAAAUUCAGAUGUUAAAGGAAAUACUGGAGACUGUGCAAAAAUGGCAGUCAAUUCCCCAGCUCAUUUGCCACCAAAUAAAAGAAUUACACGACACUGUAACAAAUGGCUGCAAGACUGGACCUACAUGUACAGAAAUAAAUGUGGAUUUGACCAGGAAGAUAAGACCAUUGUUUCCACAAAGGGCAAAAAACAUGAAACGGAGAUAUGGAAAGAAUUUUAAAAGGCUAAAUACUAAAGCUAAAUACAAAAGUUGAAUGCAAAAAUGAUAGACAUCCAAGAUUUUGCAACAGAAUUUAAACAUGUUUAUUUUGUAAUAACUUCACAUAAAAGCAUGAAGAUAAAGAGACUUCUGUUUAGGUCUAUUGUUGAAAAGUUUUUCAUACAUUUAUGUAUAUAUGUACUUGUUUAAUACUAUUGAUCUGGUAAUGUCAUCUCUACAUUUAAAUUAAGCUGCAUAACCAUGUGAUAUUUAACAACAGUUCACAGUCUGAAUUUGUUUUAUAAAAUCAAUGCACAUCUACUUAAACUGACUGAUUAAAAAUGAGAUGACAACA